CAAGCUGCCUCCUACUUGAAACCUGACUUUGCACUGCUUUGGGGGUGAGUUGGACUUCUUCCCUUGGAGAGAGAAUCAAAGACUGGGAGACUCAGCCUCCAUGAUGAGGAACACCUCUGAGGCCAACUUCUCCUGCUACCAUCAGUCUGUGCUGGGCUAUCAUUACUUUGCAGUUACCUGGGGGGUGGUGGUGGCUGUGACCGGCACUGUGGGCAAUGUGCUCACCCUGCUGGCCUUGGCCAUCCAGCCCAAGCUCCGGACCCGCUUCAACCUGCUCAUCGCCAACCUCACCCUGGCGGACCUGCUCUACUGCACCCUCCUCCAGCCCUUCUCCGUGGACACCUACCUCCACCUGCGGUGGCGCACUGGCGCUACCUUCUGUAGGAUAUUUGGACUCCUCCUUUUUGUUUCCAACUCUGUCUCCAUCCUCACCCUCUGCCUCAUUGCACUGGGACGCUACCUCCUGAUUGCCCACCCGAAGUUCUUUCCCCAGGUUUUCAGCACCAAGGGGGUAGCGCUAGCACUGGUGGGCACCUGGGUUGUGGGUGUGGCCAGCUUUGCGCCCCUCUGGCCCGUUUACGUCUUGGUACCUGUGGUCUGUACCUGCAGCUUUGACCGCAUCAGAGGCCGGCCUUACACCACCAUCCUCAUGGGCAUCUACUUUGUGCUGGGGCUUAGCAGCGUGGGCAUCUUCUAUUGCCUCGUCCACCGCCAGGUGAGGCGAGCAGCCCAAGCGCUCACCCAGUAUAAGCUGAGCAUCCGCAGCACCCACGUGGCGGGGACCAGUGAGGUCAUUCCUGGUCGCUUCCAGGAGCUGGACAGUGGGCUGGCAUCCAGAGGGCUCAGUGAAGGGAUCUCAUCUGAGCCAGUCAGUGCUGCCACUACCCACACCCUGGAAGAGGGCUCAUCAGAAGUGGGGGACCAGGACAACAGCAAGGUAGCUAAGCAGUUGGCAGAGAAAAACCCUCCAGAAGCUUCUUCCAAGGCCGGGCCAACUAAAGGAGCCCCAAGAGCUCAGGACUCUCCUUCAGAGUUUGGGAAGGUGACCCGGAUGUGUUUUGCCGUGUUCCUCUGCUUUGCCCUGAGCUACAUCCCCUUCUUGCUGCUCAACAUCCUGGACGCCAGGGUCCAGGCCCCCCGGGUGGUCCACAUGCUGGCGGCUAACCUCACUUGGCUCAAUGGCUGCAUCAACCCAGUGCUCUAUGCAGCCAUGAACCGCCAGUUCCGCCAAGCCUAUGGCACCCUCUUAAGACGAGGGCCCCAGAGUUUCCGUCGGUUCCAUUAGAAACAUGUCCCCAGCAACCAGAAUCCCAAAUGGUCUCUGGAGCCAGAGUGGCCAGCUGGCAUGAGAACAAGUGACCGUCAGACCUGUGGGCAUUUUUACAGUCUGUCCCCCAAACCACGGUUCUCCAUCCCUUGAUGAAUGAUUCAGCCCUAGGCUGCCCAAGGAGCACUAUUAAUUAUUAACAGGUGAAUUGCAUGUUUUGUUUUGUUUGUGGUGCUGGGGAUCGAACCUAGGGCCUUGUGCAUGCAAGGCAAGCACUCUA